UCAGAAGCUAUGGAAAAUGACUCCUCUGUGACAGAGUUCAUCCUUAUGGGACUAACUGACCAACCUGAGCUGCAGCUGCCCCUGUUUUUCCUGUUCUUGGUGAACUAUGCUGUCACUGUGGUGGGAAACUUAAGCUUAAUGAAUUUAAUUUUCCUGAAUUCACACCUUCACACCCCCAUGUACUUUUUCCUCUUCAAUUUGUCCUUCAUUGACUUCUGUUAUUCAUUUGUCUUCACCCCCAAAAUGUUGAUGAGCUUUGUUUCAGAGAGGAACAUCAUCUCCUUUGCAGGAUGCAUGACUCAGUUAUUUUUCUACUGCUUUUUUGUGAACUCCGAGUGCUAUGUGCUGACAGCCAUGGCCUAUGAUCGCUAUGUGGCCAUCUGUCAGCCUCUGCUGUACAGGGUGGUCAUGUCCCCUAGGGUCUGUUCUCUGCUGAUGUUGGGUUCUUACUUGAUGGGGUUUGCUGGUGCCAUGGUGCACACAGGGUGUAUGAUCAGGCUCAGCUUUUGUGAUUCUAACCUUAUUAACCAUUAUAUGUGUGACAUUGUCCCACUGCUCCAGCUCUCCUGCAGCAGCACAUAUGCCAAUGAACUUGCAAAAUCUGUUGUCGUGGGGACAGUUAUCAUUGUAUCUAGCCUCAUUAUCUUCAUUUCCUAUGCUUUGAUUCUUUACAAUAUCAUUCAUAUAUCUUCAGCUAAGGGUUGGUCCAAAGCCAUGAGCACCUGUGGUUCUCACAUAGUAGCUGUUGGCCUGUUCUAUGGAUCUGGGCUGCUCACUCAUGUCAAGCCAUCAUCUUCUGGGUCUGUGGACCAGGGGAAAUAUUUCUCACUUAUUUACACUUUUGUGGUGCCAGCGCUGAACCCUCUCAUUUACAGCCUCAGGAACAAGGAUGUCAAAGUUGCUCUGAAGAGAACCCUAAAGAGAGUCACAAACUGAGCAGAACCAGUGGGGAUGCCUUAGUUUCUAUUCCCUUUAUUGAAUUUUGUUGCUUCUUGCUCCUUCUACUUACUUUCCUUCUCUUCUUUCUUCUGUUCAUUUUUCCUUAAAGACCGGGUAGUAUUCUGAUGUAACAACUUUCCCUCUCUCAUCAUACGACAUAACCAUGUGGGCUUAGUGGCUUUGCGAGUCCCGUCCAAGGAGGCUUCAACCUGAUCUUUAUUUCCCAUAUAAAAUGAGCCACUGGGAUGAUAUUUUUUCUAUCUAAAGAUAACAUGACCUCCUGUUUUCAUUCUUGUAUAUCUUCUCUAUCCAGGGAAGCCCAAGGAGUUAUGUUUUUUCUGACAAGUUCAUUUAUUUCUUGAUCUUCAGGGACAAUUGUACAAAAUUUUUCCAGUUUUUGGUGUUUUAUUACCUAUAACUGGAUGAAAACAGAGGUCAAGGCAAAA